AGUUGUGGCCAGAAUAAUAUGCGAACAGAUCAUGAAGAACUCUGUGGCACCAGUUAUGGAUCUUUUUGUCUAAAUGGAGGGAUUUGUUAUAUGAUCCCUACUGUAUCCAGUCCAUUCUGCAGGUGUAUUGAGAAUUACACAGGAGCCCGUUGUGAGGAAGUUUUGCUGCCCAGCAUCAAAUCCCAAACAAAAGGUGACCUGUUUGCAGUUUUCUUGGCUUCAGUUGUUCUCCUAGGAGUUCUUGUAAUUGGAACAUUCUACUUCCUUUGCAGGAGAGCUGCCGUUACGCGGAGGAGCCCAUCGGAGUGCGGCGCCAGCCUGGUUGAGACGACACGCAGCAAUGGCUGCAACAGUGAGUGCGUUUAA